CAAACAUCAAGUAGAAGUCACAAGUCACAACCACUAGCUCAUGCUCCUCACCUCCAUCUCCGGUAGAACUUGUACCACCAUGAUGGAAACACGGGCAUAGGGGGCGGGGUGGGUUGAGUCGUAUGUGACUGGGUGGUUCGGGUAUUAUUAUUAGUUAUUUUGUGUUAUUUUGCAGAACUACUAUUUAAGGAGCAGAACCUCAUUCGGAUGAUUAUUAUGAAUAUAUCACAAUAUUAAACCCAAUCCCUAAUCUCUUCUCUCAAUUCUCUUCUCCAAUUCUCUUCUCAAUUUUCUCUAGAAUCCCUAUUCCCAAAUUCUCAAUCACUAGUUCUUCUACUGUUUAUCAUAUUGGUAUCAGAAUUGUCAAAGCUCACCGAUUCGGAACGCGCUCAGAUGGUGGAGCAAUUUCAACAGGCGGACGAACGCGCCCUAGCCCUGGAGCGUUCGCGCGGCGGCAACCGCGGCGCGUGAACAGAAGUUGUACCCGCUGCGUCAGGUGGAGGCAUCUAUAGGGCCGACCGAGGAAGGAGCAACGAAGAUGGAGGAAACAGCGUCGGCAAAGCAGACUAGACCAGACGACACGCUCGCGAUCGGAGAAGUGACGCCGGAGCUGUCGCUCCACUCCGUGACAGGUCAUGCGUCGCCGGGAACCCUCCGGUUCCGUGCGCAGCUGGAGGGGUUGUUUGCGAUAAUUCUUGUGGACAACGAAGCUUCCUUAAAAUUUGUAAGUGAGAGAUUUGCGAAGACAUUGCCGCACAAAGCCAAAUCGAUAGCACCGGUAUUGGUUAAGGUGGCCAACAACGCACCUAUGCAGUGCCAAACAAUUUAUAGUGGGAUCACGCUGGUGAUUCAAGGUUUGGAGAUGACAACCAACUUGUGUGUUCUGCCACUCACGGAAUUUGAUGUGAUCCUCGCAUUCCUUGGCUUCACAGUCUGGGAUUGGAAUUUGUUGACGAUGCGGUUAAAGUGGAGGGAUAAGGAGUGGACAUUGCAAGGAAUGACAACCGCUAGGGGAAUCAUCUCCAUGAAGGAGUGCGUGCUGGGUGGGGACGUGGAGCUCGCCAUCUUUUUCUGGCCGAUCGACUUGGCAGAGUCCCGAGAGGUGGACGUGGAACUGCAGGCGGUGUUGGAACGAUUUUAGGAGUUGUUUGAGAGCCAUCUGUCCUGCCACCCCAUAGACGGGUUGAUCACCAGAUCACGCUGAAAGAGGAGGUUAAGCAGUCAACGUGCGACCGUAUAGGUAUGGGCAUUCUCAGAAGACUAAGAUCGAGAAUCAGGUUGGGGAGAUGUUUGAGACUGGACUGAUUCGCCCCAACACUAGCCCUUUUUCAUCGUCGGUUCUUUUGGUGAAGAAGAAGGAUGGAACUUGGCGCUUCUGUACGAAAUACAGAGCUCUGAACGAAGCUACAAUGAAGUAUCGAUUUCCCA